AUGGCGACGGUGCUGCUCAACCCGCUCACCCUGCUGCACGGCCCGCCCGGCACUGGCAAGACCACCACCAUCUGCGGGCUCAUCUACUACCUCCGCCGCACAUGGGGCCACCGAGGAACGAUUCUAGUGACUGCUCAGUCCAACAUUGCGGUUGACAACGUGCUGGAGCGCUCCCUGGCAGAGUUUGAGAGCCACGGCCAGUGGCACAAUGCAAUUCACUUUGCCUACCUGACAGCUGCCCGCUCCGCCUGCUGCCACCUUCCUCCUUGCUGCGGGUUGGAUGUCUCGCCCAUAGACGGCCUGCACAUUGUGCGCAUCGGCGAGCCCGUACGGGCGUGCUUAGUCACGCCUGCAUCCAAUGCCAGCCCAAUAUGA